UUGGAUCAGCGGGAAAAGAUAUCCCAUGGCAACCUGGGCCCGCGCGGGCUCCACCUGCGAGAUUGCGGGCGACGUCCUUACCAAGACGCGUGGCGGAAACUAUAACCGCCUCGCGACCACGGAGGAGACGAUGGCGGCAGGCGUGCACGAAUGGGAGGUGACGCUCACGGCCGGCGCGACUGCGAAUCAAUCGCUCGCGCUCUACAUCGGAGUCGCACGCGAAAAUCUUGACGUCGAGAAGGGUGGCUACAGCAAGCGUGGCGACGGCUGGUACAUCCGCGCCAACGACGGCGGCCUCUGGGGCGGCGGCCUGGAGAGCGCCGACUCGCAGGGCACGAGGGCGUUCGUCAUCGGUGACCGAGUGGGCGUCCGACUCGACACUGGCGACGGCUCCUUGCGAUUCUUCAAGAAUGGCGUCGCGUUCGGCGCCGGCUUCCCCGCGGGCAGCAUUGGCGGGCCGGUCGUGGCUGCCGCGGAGCUCGUUUGCCCGGGCCAGUGCGUCACCCUGGUGCGAGGAGCGGCGCUCGGGUAGAGUCGAGUAGAAUCUCUCGAGGCGUCGACCGUCGCCUG